AUGAGUUGGUCAAUUACAUCCACUAGUUUAGAAAUCAUCAAUGUGACAUGGACCUAUCAUAUUUGUGGACUUCAGCAAAAGCAUUGUGGAAUAUACGUACGGCAAUGUUUUAGUCUUUCAACAAAGAUCUAUGCAGCGGACUGUUGUAUGCGAGCUUUCCUUUUUGCAAUCUGGUUAAUACUUUAUGCUAUUUUCUAUUUUGGAUUUUUGGAUUUUUCACGGACAUUCUUACAUGAAUCAAAUAUGAGUACCUUUUGUGAAGUAGCACAAAACUUGAUCAGUUGGAUCAUGUAUGUUGUAUUCGAGGAGUAUAUACACCACAGUAUUGGUAUACUCCGACGAUUGAAGUAA